AUGGGCAAUGGCCAGCUGCUUCGUAGAGCUCAGGAGAUCUACUCAGAUCUUUCCACGCAUGACCUUCGGAACUACACCAAAGUCUGCAGCUUGGUGCCCGAGUUCCCCGACAGGUACAAGAGCCAGCAACGCUUUGACAAGUUCCGGGUGCGCAAAAACACCACGCAUCCAGUCUGGGCCGUGGCCGUGGCAGAGGUGAACAUGAUGAUGGCCGCGGCGACGGCCGACCACGAGGUUCACCUCUGGGACUUGGAAGUCAUGGAACUCCUGGUUUCCCUGAAAGGCCACUCAGAUCAAGUCUGGGAGGUGAAGUUCUCCAGCAACGAGACCACCCUGGCCUCUGGCAGCAGCGACAAGACCAUCCGCCUCUGGGACGCCCAAGAUGGGAGUCCGCUGGGCGUGCUUCGUGGCCACGAUGCGGCCAUCAGGUGCCUGAGCUUCUCCUAUGCGGGCUAUUUGAUCUCUGGGGACCAGGACUCCAACCUGUUCCUCUGGGAAGCGGAGAAUGCCAGCCCCAUCAAGCAGUGGAAGGCGCACCAGGGCGCCGUCCACAGCGUUGCCUUCUCGGUAGCAGAGCCGCUCCUCGCCCUGUCCGUUGGCGCGGAUGGCUCUGUGGCGUCCUGGUACGUGAAGAGGGAGGAUGACGACAUGAUCCUCGGAGGGCGAUUCGCAGGUGGCAGCGGCGGCGCUGUGCUGAGCCUCGCCUGUCAUCCGGUGUACCCUGGCAUCGCGGCGGUGGGGAACCAGGACGGUGGCGUGUGGAUCUGGGACUUCACUCCGGACUUCCAGCGAGGUACUGCGGAAGUCACAGGCCACCAGCGGCUGCGGGGACAUACGGAAGCUGUCUGGUUCUUGGAGUUCUCACGCGAUGCCUGCCUGCUGGCAUCUGGCUCCGCCGAUUGCACCGUUCGAGUAUGGGAUGCCUCGUCCAUUGCCGUCCCCUCUUUGCUGGCGGUCUUCAAAGCACACGACUCGUGGGUGAGGCAGGUCCGAUGGUUCAAUCAGCCGGGGAAUGGCCGGGGCAAGAAGAGGCUCUUGGCAACUCGGCUCCGGCUGGAAGUUUGCGGUCGAGUGAUUGCCAAAGAUACAUUCUUCUUCCUCAUCUUGCAACGGAUAACGAACGGAGACAAUCGCACAUUCACCCAACGUUCUGUUUGUACAUGA